GUCUGACAGAUGGCGAUAAAUUACCGCGCGGUACAUGAGGGGUAAUUUUGGGGUACAAUUUUCAGAGCGAUUUGUUUUGUCAACAAUCCGAAACGUCAAACGCGUCGCAUCGGACAUUACGCCAGCCCCAGCCAGCCAGGUGUGUAGGUGCACCGCCAGUACUUACAUUUUGCAUUUGUGAAAACGUAUCCGAUGGAGUGAUUUGGCGAGCAAUCCGAAAUCCGAAGCGCAUCGAACACGCCACCCGCGCCAGUUAAUGUCGAUGCCGCCAUUAUAGGGGGCGAGUAAAGGACCCUUCCGCGACGACAUGUUCGACAAUAACAUCAACCACUACGUGCUGAAGGUGGAGCUGGCCAAAUGCUUCGGCAAUCUGGGGACGGUGUUUCUGGCACAGCACCUGCCCACCCGGCAGCACGUCGCGGUGAAGAAGUUCCUGGUCGAGGAUCUGAAGAACGACAUCAGCUACGUGAUGGACGAGGCGAAGCAUCUGCGCGAGUUCGACCAUCCGAACAUCCUCUGCUACCACACCGCGUUCGUGCACCAUCUCGAUCUGUACUUUGUGCUGCCGCUCAUGUGCUACGGCUCCUGCCGGGACACGAUGGCCAACUACUUCGAGACGGGCUUCCCGGAACCGAUACUGGUGUGCAUUCUGCGCGACAUCCUGCAGGGGCUGGUGUAUCUGCACUGGAAGGGCUACAUCCACCGGUCGAUCCGGGCCAGCCACGUCUUUCUGAACGAGACGCGCGCCGUGCUCGGGGGCUUCCGCGUGUGCACCAGCUUCCUGGGCGAGGGCAAGCGAAUACGCAACCUGCACGAGCUGCCGCCCCACUCGGUGAAGUCGCUCAACUGGCUGGCCCCGGAAGUGCUGGCCCAGAAUCUGACCGGCUACACGGAAAAGUCGGACGUGUACAGCCUGGCGAUCACGGUGUACGAGCUGGCGAACGGGCUGGAACCGUUCUCCAACAUCACCACCACGCUGAUGCUGACGGAGAAGAUGAAGGGUGGCUAUCUGCCGAUGCUGCUGGACGCCACCACGAUACCGAGCGAGGAGGUGGUGCUGGCCCAGUCGGCGGAAGCAAAGUCGAACGAAGCGGCCGCCGCCUCGAUGCGCCAGAUUUACGCCUCGCGCCAGUUCACCGAUGCGCUGCACAAGUUUGCCGAGCAGUGUUCGGAAAGCGACCCCAAGAACCGACCCAGUGCCUCCGCCUUAACAUCGCACCCCGUAUUCAAGCAGGUAUCGCACACCAACAUUAGAGAACAGUUUGCAAAGCACUGCAUACAGACUGUUGAUUUUGACUCGAUUCAAGAUAACGACGACAUCAAUAUGACCAACAGCUUCUCGCAGAUGCGCAUGGACGCUGAUGGGUCCUUCGAAUGGGACUUUGAUGAUUCGUAACGGCGGCGUGCGUGUUCGCAGGCUAAAAUGUUGUGGAUAUGGGGCGAAACGGUGUGAAACGUCAGUCAAUCAAUCAAUAGGGCAAUGAUGGCCCGUGUCUCCGGUAAGGGUUAGAGAGCAGGUUAGAAGCAAACAGUAGGCCGGGAAACAGAUAUGUAUGUAUAAUCUCAUCACCUCGGCACCUGUGGCACCAGGGCAAAGCAAACAAAUUCAGACGCUAUUUUGUGUUGAAAGGUGUUUUUUAUUAGCUAUUUCUUAUUAUAUUACGUUUUUAUCGGUUUUAAAACUCGUUGCAAUUGUUCCAACAUUAAAUAUAGAUGUGAACGGUAAAACACGAUUUUAGUAGAGACAACGCUAACCGCGCACGAUGAGAGGCAAAAAUCAAAACAGAUAUUUAAUGAAGAAAAAAGAAUGAUAAAGCAACAGCUGAAACACAGUCGAAUAUAAUCCUUUAUAUGUCUCCAAAACAAGGAGCAAGUUUAUUGGUUUAUAAAGAGAAGUUCCUAGGUGCUUGAUUAUCAAAAACACACACGGCUCGCGGAUACACUUAAAUUCGAAA